AUGCCAAUCCAAGACGCUAUUCCGCUAGGCGGCACUGGUGAAGUGUUGGCAGCCAAGACGGAAUCCGCUAUCAAGGCCACGCGUGAUACUGCAGCUAAGAUUGCCACUAGCGCAGCUGGCAUCGCCAAGGUGGUUCGUGAGAUUCCUAUCACUAUCACUACCUACGAGCUUGAGAAGGAUUCGAUCAAGGACGUGAAGGGUGACGGCGGUAUUUCCUCCGUUCUGCCUCCGAACAAGGCGACUUCGGUCCGCGGAUAUCAGUCUCACUCGCGCAUGCUUGGACCGCUUUUGGCAGCUUUCGUCCUCAUGGCAUAUGUGUCUCUCACGUCACUCAUCGAUUUCCGCGUCUCCGGCAGUCAAUAUGGGAUUCUCGUCGCCCUCUUCCUGAUCAUGGGAGAGUCCAUUCUGCCCAAGACUCUUGCUAAUGUCAGCCCGACUCGUCCCGCGGAUGAUGUGGCUUAUUUCAGCAUGGGUUGGCUUUCCUGGACUUUUUCGGCCAUUGUCACCGCCGUCUCAGGCAACGCCGAGCUUCUCCCCAAGCCUGAGGUGAGUUGCAAAGUCCUCAACCUGAACUCUGCUCAGGGUCGCGCCAACGACUCCUUCCUGCUAUCCCGCAUCCUUCAUGACCUUGAAUUAAAGCAUGCACCGAAGACAGGCGGCCUGGCCAUUGAGGUUCUCGAUGCUUUAGAUCUGGACCAGACUCUCAAGACCACCGACAUAGGCACUCAGGUUGUCAUGUGUGCCCAGGUUUCACUCAUGUUAUGCGCUAUGUUCUGGCACAACAAUUGGCAGGUCCUCUUUCUCAGCAUUAUUGGCGGCCUCUUUAUUGACGCCAUCGCCAAGAUGCCAGCCUGGCUGGCGCAGACCUUUUCUGCUCGCCGCGACAACGGGAAGAACGCGACGUACGCACUGAUGCGCGGCAACGGCCACAACCACGUCUUCAUCAUUCGCAACACGCACGCGAACACCUACAACCUGGAGGACCUUGCAGGCGCGGCGAUCACACGGUACGAUUACACCUCUUCCCUCGAGCUUUUCGUCCUAGGCAGCGCACUAGUCGGUUUCUUCUGGCUGGCCGCUGCAUCUAUGACUCUCUCCACUCCAGCCACCAUGUACCUCCUCGCCAUCAUGGGCGUCGGCACCAUCGGCAACAUCCGAACCGUCGCCCUGCCUCGUCCUUCCGCAGCCCACGGCAUCCCGCUGAAGACUGUAGACGUCAUCACCGGCACCAAGGUCUUGGGCGCUAUCCAGGCACUGGAGCAGAAGUACGAGGGCUGCGGCGAGCCGCUGCUCAAGGAGUUCUUCCCGGGCGGUGUGAAGGAUCAGGACCAGGCGUGGUUCGAUGAUCUCAAGAAGAGCCGCAAGUGCAAGGUUGAAGUUGUGGAGGAGGCGGACGAGUUGAGCGAGACCAUGUUGUAG